AUGCCCGCACCAACGGCGCUUGUGAACAAGAGCAAUUGGGAGGACCUGUCUAUUCCCAAUAAUCUGAUCGAGAAGCAAAAUGACGACGAAAUCCUGAUUGACCCAGCUCAGAAUGUCCCGGAUCAUACGGUAGACUCCGUCCAAGAAGAUAACACCGAAGACGCCAUGCAUAUCGAUGAAGAAGGUCGCCCCGUAUUUACACCUGCGAAGGAUGCGCCUGCUGCCUACCGUGUUGAAGAGAGGAAAGUGCCUAUACCUCCUCAUCGGAUGACGCCUUUGAAGGCACAUUGGCCGAAAAUAUACCCUCCACUUGUUGAACACUUGAAGCUCCAAGUACGGAUGAAUAUCAAAAAUCGCGCGGUCGAACUAAGGAACAGCAGGCUAACCACUGACCCCUCAGCGCUUCAAAGAGGAGCGGACUUCGUUAAAGCCUUUGCAUUGGCCUUUGAUGUGGACGACGCCAUCGCUCUGCUUCGUUUAGAUGACUUAUAUAUUAACUCCUUUGAAAUCAAAGACGUGAAGAGUUUAACCGGUGAUCAUUUGAGCCGGGCAAUUGGUCGAAUAGCCGGUCAUAACGGAAAAACAAAAUUUGCUAUUGAAAAUGCUACAAGAACUCGAGUAGUAUUGGCUGGGCAGAAAGUCCACAUUCUGGGUACUUUCAAAAACGCAAAGAUGGCUCAAGAAGCAAUAGUUAGUUUGAUUCUUGGUAGCCCUCCGGGCAAGGUGUAUGGAAAUUUGCGUACGAUUGCAUCUCGAAUGAAGGAGAGGUUUUAG